AUGAAUCCUCACCAGCAGAACAAAGUGGACAUCAACUCCCUGAGCCCAGAGGAGCAGCGCCUGCUGCGCCUCUACGGCAAGAUGCCCACCAAGAAAGACGUCCUCCAGAACAAGCUCAAGGAACGCAAAUACUUCGAUUCGGGUGACUACGCCCUCAGCAAAGCCGGCAAAGCCUCGGACGUAGGCGUCACCAACAUCGGGUCACGCCACCCAGUGCCGGAGAACAUCCCGCACUUGACCUCAACCUCACCGGGCGCCAACAACUCUGCCAACAAUGGCAGUGUCAGCUCCCAAGGUGGGCAGCAAAUCCCCGGCAGCAUCAGCGGACACCCUGGUUCGAUCGGGUUCCAAAGCCGCAGCCCGAUCAAGGAGGGGGGUGAGCAGGAGCUUAGUGUUAGCCCCCCUACUGCGAGAGAGGGUGUGCCUAUCCGUCGGUAG